AUGGCCAUGGACUUUGUGGUGGGAUUUCCAAGGACCACAAAGCAACACGGCUCAACUUGGGUGAUUAUUGAUCGACUCACGAAUUUGGCAUAUUUUCUUCCGGUUAAGACAACUUAUAUUGCAUAUCAGUAUGCAGAGCUAUAUGUAAAGGAAAUUAUGCAACUUCAUGGAGUACCAAAGUUUAUCAUAUCAGACAGAGUUGAGAAGCAGAUACUAGGUCCUGAAGCAGUUAGGGAAGCCAGUGAAGCGGUGGAGAAAAUCAGAACGAGGAUGCUAACUGCCCAGAGUAGACAAAAGAGCUAUACAGAUUCAAAAUGCCGAGAAGUUGAAUUCACAGUAGGUGACCUUGUGUUUCUAAGGGUAUCACCUAUGAAAGGCAUGGUGUGUUUUGGAAAGAGGGGUAAACUAAGCCCAAGAUACAUAGGUCCAUUCGAGAUAUUGGACAAGGUUGGACAAGUUGCAUAUCAUUUUUCUUUACCACCAGCGCUGACAGAUACGUACAACGUUUUUCACAUUUCUAUGCUGCAAAAGUACGUGUCAGACCUAUCCCAUGUGUUGAGUUACAAGCUAAUAAAGUUAAGGCAGGACCUUAGCUAUGACAAGCAGCCAGUGCAAAUCAUAGAAAAGGGAAUCAAGGAAUUGAGAUUCCAGAAGAUUCCACUAGUUAAGGUCCUAUGGAAGAACUGUUCGGUGAGGGAAGCAACCUGA